CCUCCGCGAGCUCUCAUCCCUCCGCUCCGCGUGCAGCCAGUGACUGCUGCUGUCUCGCGGCGUUUGGAGAUCUUGCGGGCGCGCUGUAUGGAUGCUGAAGCUUUGGCGCUGCUGUAAACGCGACACUGAUUCAACAUGUCCAACCCUCCGCACGACCCGUUCUACUCGUCCCCUUUCGGACCGUUCUACCGGAGACAUUCACCGUACAUGGUGCAGCCAGAGUACAGAAUCUAUGAGAUGAACAAACGACUCCAAUCCCGGACAGAGGAGAGUGAUAGUCUGUGGUGGGAUGCAUUUGCUACAGAGUUCUUUGAGGAGGACGCUACAUUGACCGUUGCCUUCUGCCUGGAGGAUGGACCAAAAAGAUACACAAUCGGCCGGACCCUCAUCCCUCGUUACUUCAGCACGGUGUUUGAGGGUGGCGUGUCAGACCUCUACUACAUCCUGAAACACUCCAAAGAGUCCUUCCACAACUCCUGCAUCACUGUAGACUGCGAUCAGUGCACCAUGGUCACGCAACACGGCAAGCCCAUGUUCACCAAGGUGUGUACGGAGGGCCGGUUGAUUUUGGAGUUCGCUUUCGAUGAUCUGAUGAGGAUCAAGACGUGGCACUUCACCAUCAGACAGUAUCGGGAACUUAUCCCACGGAGCAUUCUCGCCAUGCAUGCACAAGACCCUCAAGUCCUGGAGCAACUCUCAAAAAACAUCACCCGCAUGGGACUGACCAACUUCACCCUUAACUACCUCAGGUUGUGUGUCAUUCUGGAGCCGAUGCAAGAGCUAAUGUCCCGACACAAGACCUACAACCUCAGCCCCAGAGACUGUCUAAAGACCUGUCUGUUCCAGAAGUGGCAAAGAAUGGUGGCCCCUCCAGCUGGACAUCCACAGAACUUCAAAACGGAAAUUUUCCCCUCAAAUCACAAAAAAGAGCCCACUCGACAGACCACGACCAAGAGAAGAAAGAGGAAGAACUCCGCCAGCAGUGCGUCUAACAGUAACCUUGGCAACAGCGCUGGCGGCAAGAAACGCAGCCCUGCCAACAACUUCAAUCUGACCAGCCAGGUACCUGAUGUGAUGGUGGUAGGUGAGCCCACCCUAAUGGGCGGGGAGUUUGGAGAUGAGGACGAGCGUCUGAUCACUCGGCUAGAAAACACACAAUAUGAUGCCACCAAUGGCCUGGACGAUGACGACGACUUCACAAGCUCGCCGGCGCUCGGCAACAAUGCUCCCUGGAACAGCAAGCCGCCCACAGGACAAGACAGCAAGCCGGAGAGCACGGCCUCGCAGCCGUCUCAGUAGGAGACAACAUGCGCAAUGCCCUGCUCUUUCUCUCUGACCUCACUUUUUACCC